AUGUUAAAAGUAACGCAACUUUUUUGGUUGCUGGCCCCGCUGGACAACGAAAAAGUCUAUGCGCUUGUGAAACUGGUGAUUAGUACUACAAGUGACAUGCCUCUAGUAACGCCAGAGUUAAAUCUGACAGGCGAUGCUCGUGUAGCGUCAGAAAGCAGCGUGCUUCGUGACCACCCUCGUACCGGUGUUGUGGUUAGUUUGAAGGUUGAAUUCCCACUGCAUGGUUCGUUGCGUACUACUGCACCACCUGGCACCGCGAAUUCUUUUUCGCACUGUGCAGACCUACACCGUCAACAUGGGGACCCGAAUGCACCUUCGUUUGAAUAA